CUGGGCGGUUGCGGAGAGGCCGCCCCAUUCUGUCCGCGGCUGCUCGGGCUGGUUCUCCCUUUGUUACUCACAUCAGACCCGGGAUGGCUUUUGCCAGUCUGAAAUAACGGUUUAUUGUUCUCGCAUUCACAGCUGUGAUCACAAGGAAGGAAGCGAUAAUAGCGAGAUUUGCUCUCGAGCCGAUGAGAUGGUACCAAGCAAGACAGCGGUGUCUGAUGAUGCGUUUGCAUUCACCAGCCAGCGGUACAGGAAUGAAGCUAAAGCUUUACAAACACAGCUCCAGUUUAAUAGAAAUGUUCCUGCAGUUCCAGAGAACUUGGCUCUCAGAUUCUCUCACCCCCAUCCAAUUAUAAUAGAAAAACUGAAGGCAUCCAGUGAUAAGAGAAAUCGUGUUGGAAGGGAGGACCUCAGCCUGAGAAGCUCUGGGAUGUUCUCAGUGGUGUCUGAAGAGAGACUUAAAUUGGCUGUUCAGCUGGCAAAAAGGGACAUCAAACAAAGACGUCUCGAAGAACAAGUAAAACAGCAGCACUGCUUCCCUUGGAGAAAAGGUGCCAGCUCAUGGGAGGUGUUUUCCCUCCAUCUCCACCUGGGAGAAACCCUUCCUUAGGCCUCAGCCUCUCAUUCCCGGGCGCACAUGGGCUGCUCAGCCGUGCUCAGCAGAUGCCCAGGCCCCACUGGUUCCCCAGUGGCCCUUGGAGCGUUUGGGCUACCCAAGUAAGUUCCAGGUGAAAUCUCCAACCUGCAUUAGCCAGCACUGCCUUUCCUCCCUGGGGAUGUUUUGCUGUGAUUGUGAUGGACUGACAGCACAGAGGCCCCAGGAACAGCACGUCCUGUCUCCUCCUGGACCUCAGCAAUACAUUUUUAAACAUGUAACUUCAGAAGAUAUAUAAAUUAGAGAGAAAAUUUAACAGAACUUCAUGUUUUCAAUGCCAAGAAGUUUCAAGACUUUCUGAAGGAAGGUCAAGCAUUUGUGUACCUGCUGCUACAACUCAUCCCUUAUAGCUCUACAAUGCAAGUAGUGUCUCGGAUGUGACAGACCCUACCCACUGUGGAACAAUGGGAUACAGGAGAUGCAGAAAAUAUUAACUAACCUUCUUAGUCCAUCAGGUAGGGGCACUAAUAAUAAUUCUUUCACUUGCAGGAGUAUCAGAAAGAAUCAUUCACUAGUUUUUGCACAAUGUAUCAUAAUGUCAUGGACAACAGCUGCCACAGAUGUUUCUCAGAAAUUGGUGUGGUUCACUUCCCAUCUAAACAAGCCCCGUCUGUCCCCCCUUUUUCUCUGGGAAAAAUGAAAGCAGAAGAAAAAGGAAGUGCAGUAAGCCAUUAUUUAGAUCUGGGAAUAAUGAAUGUUUAUCAGGAUUUUGUAACACAAAUUAUGUAAUGAAGCAGAGAAAAGGCUUUUGAACAAAUAUGUUAAUGAGAUGGCAGCUGAGGCAGAGGUUACAGAGCUGCCAAUUCUGAUACAAAUUUUUAAUGUGAUUUUCUAUUGGAUCAUUUUCUUUUGCGGUCAUUAGCCUGCACUGCAUUUGAAUGGGCUUUAGAGCACAAACUAUAUGGGAAACACCAAUUCUAGCUCAAGAAAGACUGAUCAGCAACAUAUACUGACUGAGAAAAUCCCAGUGACUCAAAAUUCAGAAUGAGGACUUUUAUGUAGAACAUUGUUGAGCACGGGGGUUGUGCCGAAAGGACUGUUCAUUCAGAGUCUUGAGAGCUUUUCCUGGAAGAAUAUCAGAUGCUCCACUGGGAACUUAGUUGAAAGCUACUCCUGAAGCAGGACAGUGGGCUGGCAGUAACUGGGAAGGACCGACUGGAGGGAAAAUGGAGAGCAAUGAAGGAGUGAAUGCUGGAACCAUUUUUUCAUUGGAGACAGGCCACAGGAAUUCAAGUUUUGGCCAAUUCCCCACUUUCUGCUAGACUUUGCACUGGUGUGAAGUGUGUUUCCUCUGUGUUG